AUGCUGGAUCGAAUGACGGAAAUAAUGAGAACAUUGCGCAGAGUGUUGACCAGUUGGUACUUCGCCGCUCCCGCGGCCGUGAUCCUCGGCCUGGUGAUCGGCGCGGUGAUAUUUUUCUUCGCGGCUCCCGGCAAGCCGGCCGUCGGCGUGAUCAACAUUCCCUUCACCGUGAUCGAGGAUAACUCCGCGUUCGUCAUCGGGCAGCACCUCGACUACGCCCUGGAAGACGACUCGAUAAAAGCGGUGGUGAUCGCGCUUUCGAGCCCGGGCGGCGGCGCGGCGUCCAGUGAACGCCUGUAUAUCCAUACCCGCCGGCUUCGCGAGGAAAAACCGGUGGUCAUCGUGAUGCACGGGAUGGUUGCCAGCGGCGGUUUCAUGAUGGCCAUGGGAGGCAACUAUAGCUAUGCCCUGCCCUCGUCGUUGGUCGGCAACGUCGGUGUGGUCGGAUUGUCUGGUGGCACGAUCCCGCCGAUCUUUCCGGAAAUCAUUACUACGACCGGUCCUAACAAGCUGACCGGCGGCUCGAGACAGCACUGGGUCGAAUUGAUCGACCGGUUGAAGGAUCGGUUCGCGCAGACCGUGAUCCAGGAGCGCGGCGAUCGCCUCAGGAUGAGUGAGGAAGAGUUGCUCCAGGGGAACCUCUACGCCGGAGCGGAAGCGGUGGCGUUGGGCUUGGUCGACGGAAUCGGCGUAACCGGCGACGGAGUUGAAAAAGCGGCGGAACUGGCCGGCAUCGGAAGAUACGAUAUCGUCAACGUGAACGCGGCGGUUUUCGAGAAGUUCGGUUGGCGCGCGCAACUCUCGUACGUACCGCAGCCGGGAACCGACGCGGACGACGCCGACCCGGACGAAUCGAAUGGCGCCGCCGGGUCCACAUCGAGCCGCGACAGUGAAACGCCCGAAGAUCAGUACCGGCCACCCUUGACCGGGGCCCUGGGUCAGGAACAGGUGAACCCCCUUCCCGACUUCCCCAUCGAGAUCGGGCAACCCAACCUCUAUUACGUGUAUACCGGCUAUGGUCACUAA